AUGAGGGCCUCGGGAAGGUUACAGUUGUAUUCGAUAAUUCUCCUUUUCCUCGCCACAUUUACCGCGGCAUGGCCAUGGCCCCGAUGGUUACCAGACUUGGAUACGUUGGUAGUCAGAGCAGACCCGUCAGAUUCUCCCUCGCCACCUGCACCAACAGAAACUGGCAACUCAUCUCCAAAAUCCACGGGCGACAACAAAUCUCAAUCCGGCAGUAGUUUACCAUCUAAGUCGGGAAGUGUCUCGCCGUCCCGCACCGGCUCCAAGACUGGUUCCAUAACCGCCGCGCCUACGAAGGGCGACUCGGACACUUCCGAUGGCAAUAGCUCUUCUACCACAUACCGUACACAGUAUGACCCCCAAAUCCGUCCAGGCGGCGUCUCGCUCUUAGAACCGGCCAUCACGGCAGGACCUCAAUUUUACAAAGUCGAUGAUUGGGUCACAUUCGCAUGGAACUACACCUCCCUACUGGGGACGCCCAAAGCGGUGAAUGUCAUGGCAACAUGUACUACGAACUCCCAACUUUAUACCAUAGCCUCAAAUCAAACCGUCUCAAAUGCUACGAACACCGUCUACUGGGACACGGGGGCAUACCAAACGACUGCUAUUGCAUCGCCGCUAAUCGUUGGUAUUUAUACGCUGAUUAUUUACGAUGCAGACACCGAAAUGACAGCACCCCCGGAACCCGGUUAUCUUGCUCCCUAUAAUCAGUAUACCUUUGGCAUGUACACCAAGCAGCCGUAUAGUGAACCGACACCCGGAUACAGGUGCGCGACCUGUAGUGGGGCGCUGAGCGACACGGAGAGGAGGGCAUUGGGCAUGGUCCUCGGAAUGGGAGUGCUCACUGUGUUUAGCUUUACGUGGUUCGUUACUGGACUACAGGUUAUUUGGUAG